AUGAAGUACUCUCUCGUCUUCCUCACCGCUGCCGGCCUCGUCGCCGCCCAGGAGACCUCGCAGCCUCCUCUGUUCACCUCGCAGCCCCCUCUGUUCACAUCUCAGCCCCCUCUGGUCACCAUCCCCGCUGGCCUCGAGUCCGCCGUGAGCUCUGCUGCACCCACCUCGGGCGCUGACUCUGCUUCAUCUGCUGCCGGCAGCGCCGCCAGCUCCCUCGUCGGCUCCAUCACCUCGGCCGUCCCCACCACCUUGGUAUCCUCCAUCCAGAGCUCCCUCUCGGGCGACCUCUCCAGCCGUCUGUCCAGCGCCUCCGGUGACCUGUCCAGCCGCCUGACCAGCGCCUCCGGUGACGCCUCCAGCCGUCUCUCCAGCGCCUCUGCCGACGUGUCCAGCCGCCUGUCCAGUGCCUCCGACGCCAUCACCAGCGCCUCGGGUGCCCUCUCCAGCGCCCUCUCCAGCAUCCGCGAGUCCAUCACCGGCUCCGAGUCCGAGAGCGCCACUGCCACCAACAGCGACGAGUCCAGCACCGCCACUGAGAGCGCCGCUGAGACCUCCACUGAUGCUGGAAGCGGUGUCGGCAAGCCCGUCGCUGGUGCUGCCUUUGCCCUUCUCGUCGCUCUCCUUGCCGUGUAA